CCGAACUUCUCGCAUACGUUCCAGAGGCACCGAGUGCGACAGACGUCUCCAGCCGGUCGGCUCCCGUGCAAGUACUUCGUGAGCCCCACGCACAACCAUGUCGUCACACACCCGCGUGGCGCUGGUGACCGGGGCCAACAAGGGCAUUGGCCUCGCUAUCGUGCGCGACCUGUGCCGGCAGUUCUCGGGGGACGUGGUGCUCACGGCGCGGGACGAAGCGCGGGGCCGGGCGGCCGUGCAGCAGCUGCAGGCCGAGGGCUUGAGCCCCCGCUUCCACCUGCUGGACAUCAACGACCUGCAGAGCAUCCGCGCCCUGCGCGACUUCCUGCGCAAGGAGUACGGGGGCCUGGACGUGCUGGUCAACAACGCGGGCAUCGCCUUCAAGACUAAUGAUCCGACACCAUUUCAUAUUCAAGCAGAAGUGACGAUGAAAACUAACUUCUUUGGUACCCGAGACGUGUGCACAGAACUGCUGCCUCUAAUGAAACCCCAAGGCAGAGUGGUCAAUGUGUCUAGCGUAGUGAGCCUCAGAUCGCUUAAAAACUGCAGCCCAGAACUGCAGCAGAAGUUCAGAAGUGAGACUAUCACAGAGGAGGAGCUGGUGGGGCUCAUGAACAAGUUCGUGGAAGACACAAAGAACGGGAUGCACAGGAAGGAGGGCUGGCCUGAUACUGCAUAUGGAGUGACAAAAAUUGGUGUCACGGUCCUGUCCAGAAUCCAUGCCAGGACACUGAGUGAGCAGCGGAGAGGGGACAGGAUCCUCCUGAAUGCCUGCUGCCCUGGGUGGGUGAGAACAGACAUGGCCGGACCUAACGCCACUAAAAGCCCAGAAGAAGGAGCAGAAACCCCCGUCUACUUGGCCCUUUUGCCCUCAGAUGCUGAGGGACCUCACGGGAAGUUUGUUAUGGAGAAGAAAGUUGAACAGUGGUGAGCUAAAUUCACAGCUCUAUCCAUGGGCCCCUCUGUGAUCCCCCAUCCCUUGCCCAAAAGGACUUCUAAUGUCAAGACUAUCCUAUCCAAAACAAAACAAAAGUGUAAAAUA